CAAGAAUAAAAAUAAAAUAACAUCGAUUACUAAAAAAAAAAAAAAAGACUUGCAGACAUGGAAAACAAACAGCAGCGUGUUUUUUUUUUUUUUUUUUUUUUAGAGAACGCUUUUUGUAAUUACGUCCAAUUAAUGGCGCGCGGCGCAGGAAAUUGUUUGCUCGCCAGCAGCUGUUUGGAUUAAACGGAUGAGCGGGUGUCAAGUGGAGAUUAAAAUCACAACCGCCCGGAAAGGGGAACCGGCGGGCGACGGGGGGGGGGGGGGGGGGGAUGGGGCGAGUGGUCGCCUCGUAUUUAGGGGGGAGAUCAUGAAAAUGGACGUCGUCAGUCACACUCAGAAGGUCAUUAAAGAGAAAGAAGCUCAAGGCUCACCAAAUGUGGAAACUCGCAGAACGUUCAUGUCGGAGCCGCACGGCGCUCGCUCGAGAACAGCGAUCCCUCCUUUGACAUUUUCACGGAGCGCAUGGCUGAACCUCAGUCCCGCGCCGAGAAAGAAUCAGCUGCCCGUCGCCCCCGUUGGCCGGACGUCAAAGUAAAGCGGGGGGAGACGAGCGUCCGGAUUCGCAGCGCUGAGGAUCGAUAGCGCGGCGGCGCAGGUAAUAGCUGGGUGGCUCUAUUAGACGGCCGGCGUGCCGCGGAAAGUUUCCAAAGCAUCUGGAUGAUAAAGAUGCGCAGCCGCCUCGCCGUGAAGGGGCGCACGUCGCACUCGCCGAGUGACGAAAAACACUUCAGUCUUGCUUGUACAGAAAGGGUCCAAGAUGUAGUCGACUUCCCGCGACUUUGCGCCGUCGACUCCCAGCGGUACCGAUCGGGCCGCCUGCCGCGCUCGGAUCGGGGAAACAAUUUCCUUUCCAAAUGAGAUUUGGACCGUAAACAUUUGAUGUUGACGUUGGGCGGAUUCCAGGACUUGUGCUUGGACAAAGUGCUCGAAAUGUUCAAGCAUCUUCGAAGAAUCCAUGGAUGGCGCUCCUUUCCUUUUCCUCCUCCUCCUGCCCCCGCUGCUGUUUUUGCACUCGCGUGGAUUUACCUCUUCCGCCGCUUUUUAGCUUCAGCCCGCUCCGGUCCGGCCCGGUCCGCCGCGCACGCCAGCAUGGACCACCUGGUGGUGGUCGUCGUCGUCCUCCUCUUCCUCGGACCCCUGCAGCUUUUACUCGCUCUGCUCGGACUCGGCGGGGCGUCGGCGGCGGCCGAGGGCGGCCGCGACUGCCUGAGCGCCGGCGACGCCUGCUCCGGGGACGACGCCUGCAGCCCCCGCCUGCGCACCCUGCGCCAGUGCGUGGCCGGCGACGGCAGCGUCAAGCUGGGGCCCGGCGCCCGCAACCAGUGCGAGAACGCCGUGACGGCCCUCUCGUCCACGCCGCUGCGCGGUUGCCGGUGCAAGCGCGGCAUGAAGAAGGAGAAGAACUGCCUGAGCAUCUACUGGAGCCUGCAGCAGGCCGUCCUGCACGGCCUGAGCCUGGUCCAGGACUUCCCGUACGAGCCCGAGGAGAGGGGCUCCGACUACGUCCGCCUGGCCUCCAUCGCCGCCGGGUUCGUCUCCCCUCCAGAAUCGGAAGCGACGACGGUCAACCGCUGCCUGGACGCCGCCAAGGCCUGCAACAUCGACGAGACGUGCCAGAAGCUGCGCACCGAGUACGUGUCGUCUUGCAUCCAGCCGUCGGCCCGCUCGGGCCCGUGUAACCGGCCCAAGUGCAACAAGGCGCUGCGCAAGUUCUUCGACCGCGUGCCGCCCGACUACACGCACGAGCUGCUCUUCUGCCCGUGCACCGACACGGCCUGCGCCGAGCGCCGCCGCCAGACGGUGGUGCCGGCCUGCUCCUACGAGGACAGGGACAAGCCCGGCUGCCCGGCCCAGCUCAGGGCCUGCAAGGCCGACUACGUCUGCAGGUCCCGCUGGGCUCAGUUCCAGUACGACUGCCAGCCCCGGCCCGAGAGCGCCAGCGGCUGCAAGCGCGAGAACCACGCGGCGUGUCUGCUGGCGUACACCGGCCUCAUCGGCAGCACCAUCACGCCCAACUACCUUGACAACUCCACCUCCAACGUGGGGCCCUGGUGCUCCUGCGCUACCAGCGGCCACCAGCGGGAGCAGUGCGCCGACUUCCUGGCGUCCUUCCACCGCAACGUCUGCCUCAGGAAAGCCAUCGAGGCGUUCGGCAACAGCUCGGACGUGAAAACGGGCGGCGGCGGAAUCGCUCCCCGGCCCGGCGCCGAUCCCGCCGUUUCCACGGAAACGCCGCCAAACGUCCUGAGGGAGGAGAUCCCGACUCAGGUCAACGGCAACGAGCGACUUUGGAGCGACGUCGACUCGAGGCCGCCCUCGUCGCCCGACCUGUCUGAGCGCAACGCCGGGGCGACGGCCGUCCGGCCCUCCCCGCUCGCCGUCUGCUGGCUCCUCGCCCUCCUCGGCCGCCGCUAGGGGGCGCCGCCGCGCGGACGACGACGCCGCUUUUUCCGCGGUCGCAACAUUUCUCGCUUCACCAGCGGCGGGAGGCCCGCCAGACGAACAAAUGUCAUUGGAAAUGAUUUGAUUUUUGCCGUUGUCGCGGAAAGAUGAUUGACGCCGGCCCGUUAGCGCCCUUUGCUAACAGCUCACGUUGUGUUGUCGUUAUUGUCGUGUUGCGGCAAGAAAAACAAACAAAAAAACAAAAAACUUUGUGGGCACUUUAAGGGACAAAAAGCCAACAGUUUGUGUUUGUUUGUGUGGAUGCUUUGGAAAAGUUUGUGUUCUUGAUGUGCUCGGACAUGCUUCCUUCCUUCCUUCCUCCCACGUGUAAAAACGACAAAAAAAAAAAAAAAACCAAAACAUUUUUGUAACGACGUCUUAGUCCAAAUUGCAAAUGUUCAAAGAUGGAAACUUUCCGUGUGGAAUCUUAACGCGCUGCAACCACGACUUGCUCCGACGAAAGGUUCUCUGGGGGAAGUCGGUUCAAAUUGAGGAUUCUAUCCCAAAUAAAGCAACAAGGAGGGUUUGGGUUCGAACCCCGACCCACAUUGUGCGUGAUUGUGAUUGUUUCCCGGAAUCCCCAAAUCUCCACCGAGACCACACCGGGAAGCGUUUGGGCUCCGAGACCAGCCCGUCAGCACCGCAAAGACUUUUGAACACUGUCGUCACCGUUUUCCACGCCACUUAAUUGUGUUUUUGUUUUGGACCGUUCAAACGAACUUUGCUGCUGCUGCCGCUGGUGGGUUUUGAGCGGGUUGCCAUGACAACCCCGGGAUGAUUGACGGCUGAGGGGGACAGAAAAACGACGUGAAGACUUUCUUCUUCUUGUGUUGUUCAACACUUUCACUCAAUAAAGGUCAAAGGUCCAACUACGCACAAAUUGCCGUCAUUUGUCCAAACGCUCACAAAUAUUUUGACAACACAUUGCA